UGAUACAAGAAAAAACUGAUUACCUGUACCGUAAACACAAUAUAUCUUUAUUUAGUUAAAACAUUUCAGACUGUUUGGUUAACAGGGACAAAUUUAAACUCCAACGUAAUAAUAGUUUAUAAACGCACAUUGUUGUUGCUGAUUAUAUGCGGAAAUUUUAAUAUCAAAUUUUAUUGAAAAAUGAAAUUUCUUCUCUCUAUACUCGUUAUCAUUGGUAACUUGAAUGUGUUGCUUGCAAACAAUGAUAAUUGUAGAGAAAACGAUCUGAACGCUAUAAUGGUACGUCUGCGUCAACUUCGAACAGAAUUUAACAACUUGAAAAUCCAGCACGAUGAUCGCAUUGAUCAGAUAAAUGCCACUCAAGCAGUUCUCAAGGAAGCGAAUGAUACUCAAGAAACAGAACUUAAAAAGCUUAGACAAGAAUUCCACAAUACAUCUUCAGAACUUGAAAAGCUUAAACAAGAAUUCCACAAUACAUCUUCAGAACUUGACAAGCUUAGACAAGAAUUCUAUAAUACAUCUUCAGAACUUGAAAAGCUUAGACAGGAAUUCCACAAUACAUCUUCAGAACUUGACAAGCUUAUACAAGAAUUCCACAAUACAUCUUCAGAACUUGACAAGCUUAGACAAGAAUUCCACAAUACAUCUUCAGAACUUGAAAAGCUUAGACAAGAAUUCCACAAUACAUCUUCAGAACUUGACAAGCUUAGACAAGAAUUCUACAAUACAUCUUCAGAACUUGAAAAUCUUAGACAAGAAUUCCACAAUACAUCUUCAGAACUUGAAAAACUUAGACAAAAUACAUCUUCAGAAAUAGCGGAAAUUAAAGGCAAGUCCAUAUUACCAAUUGUUGGAUUCAACGCCCGUCUAUCUUUUUCUUCAUCAACAACAGUAAACGGUGGGGACAAGGUCGUCUUCGAUACCGUCAUAACAAACCAAGGUGAAGGCUACAACAGUUCUACUGGGAUAUUUACUGCACCGGAAACUGGACUCUAUUUCUUCUCAGCUCAAGUUUGUAAUAACAUUAGUGGUGUGUAUUACGCAAUAUAUCAAGACGGUACACAGUUAACAAGAAAUACAACGUAUACAUCGUAUCUUGAUUACGGUCGUUUUGGUUGUAGUUCUGUAAGCACUAUCGCCAUGGUAAACAAAGCGGAACAAGUGUGCGUACAAACUUUAUAUUCCGCAGAGUUGUAUAGAGAUCCUUAUGGAAUGAAUGCUUUUUCUGGGUUUCUCUUUAACAAAUAA